AUGGGUCAUCGAAGAUGGUUAGAAGCAAAUCAUCCAUUUCGACAUCAGAAUUAUCAGUUUGAUGGCACCAUAGAGUUGCGAUCUGCACCUAUUCCACCAACUGGAACUGAAGUUCUUAAACAAACUCAUGGAAUUAACUAUAUACCUGGUAAGGCAUCCAACAGUUCAAAGAAACGGGGAAGGGGGGAUGUUGGCAGCUCAGUGACACAGGUUUUUGAGGACGCUGACAACUUCGAGAAUGAUGACAGUAUUUAUGAACAGGAAAAUGACGAUGGCACAAACUCGGCAUUAUGUUCCAAAGUUCUAGAUCCCAAGGAGCUUGAUCAAUUGGAGUCUAAUGUUGCACUAACACUGUGCCAUAUGGAGAAGAUCUUUCCUCCUGGGUAUCUUGUGCGCUUAAAGGAAUAUGUACGCAAUCGAGCCUAUCCCGAGGGAUCGAUUGCGGAGGGAUAUAUUGCUGAUGAGUGUUUGACAUUCUGCUCGAGAUACCUUGAAGGAGUUGAAAUUGCUUUUAAUCGACCACAAAGGAAUUACGAUAUUAUACAUAAUGCAGAGGAGUACAAGUUCUCAUCUGGUGGAAGAUUUGUGGGGAAAGCUGAAAGUACUGUAGUUCAUCAUAAAUUAUUGGCACAGGCACAUCGUUAUGUCUUACUUCACAGUGACUUAAUAUCCGAGUAUCGCAGAGAUUUUUUAGUGGCUCAGCGAAGCGCCAACAAUAACAUUCAUCCUACUCCAAGGAUUGAGCAAAGAUGGUUGGUUGAGUUAUUUCCUGAAUGGUUAUUAAAACAGGUUAGACGUUGAAUCCUAUUAGGUCUUUUAUUAUA